ACCAGACAGCGGCACCGACGGCGUUCAGGCCAGGCGGCAGCACCGACGGCGCACGGGCCAGACAGCAGCAUCGACGGCGCAGCGCACAGCCGAGUGAGGAGCAUCGUCGGAGAAGCGCAGCACCAGCACUGCCGGAGCAUCGCACAGAGCCGCCGCCGCCAUGGUAACUCGGUACGGCUUCCGCGCACUGGUCGGCUUCUGGCUGCUGCUGGCCGCUGGUGCCGGUCGAAGGCUGGAGCUCGAGUACGAUGCCAUGCCCGUCAGCAGCCUGGAGAAGAUCCGUAGCCCGUACCUGGGAGAACCCAUUCUUGGAGUCCGAAGAUUGCAAAACGUGCUGCCAUAUCAGUCAAGUGUGGAGCGACCUAGAUUUUAUGGAUUUCGUCGCAUCCAAAGACCAAUGAAGCGAUAUCUGGGGGUGGAGAUACCGGACGAAAUCGCCGGCACCGGCGGCGACGCGGCGGACAGCUACAUCGACCGGCUGAAGCAGCAGAUGCAGAACAGUGGGAAGUGAUCCUUGGAGACUGGACCGGACGCCUCCGAGACGGCUGGCCGGCUUCGGCGUUUGGGGCCACCAGUCCUCGCGAUCAGAUUGGCUUACUGGGUCGCUGGGUCACUGAACCCUCAUACGUGACACGUCCCAUGGCAAACCAAUGCUCUGUCUAUGUUGUAACGUAAAAUUAUACGGCUGAAAUUGGCAGCAUAAUACAAAGGUACAAAGUAGCGCACGCUGUCUGCCUGAAAACAGCAAUAAAUAAACGAGUUUUAGCUGGAUAUACAGGCGGUCAGAGCCGACAAAAGCAACAGCAACUGAAGCCAAUGGUGUUGAGAAUGCACCAAGGGGUGGUUCAGUGCAAAUAAAUCGCACACUUUGGAGGAGAUAAGUUUAGACGCGCUGUUUGCUUUGUACGCUGGUGGCUUUAUAAAGUCACUGCGUGCCAGUAGAAAUGCCAAUUGACCAUAUCCUUGAUGUUAUGCACAUCAGCAGAUGCAUAGCUUACGUAGCUUUAGACGGCAUGUCUGCUUGAACUUCCGUGGUAACACAUAUGCUUAUUUGCAAAUUGCACUGAAAUAUAUAUUGACCUACGUCAUUGCUGUUUCUCGGCCAACAGUGACAUUGCUGCAUAAUCGGUGCGGUGAAAAAUCCAUCUAACGACUGAAACAGAUGCAUUCCGAGACAAUAGCCCUCGCGGCUUCAAUAUGGCCACAUGACAACCACUAUGACGGUCCAAAAUAAUGCAUGAGAUCUCGGUCUAACAUGUAACGUAAGAUGCCAGCUUUGUAACGCAACGUCUGUAACUUGUAAAUAACGUCACAUGUUUCGUAACACACGGCUUGUUUUUUAAUUAUGGCAAAACAACGCUAGUGGGUGUUUUAGAGUAUUAUUCAACCUGGAAAAAGAAAGAGCGGAUAUUUUCAGUUGUAGAACAGCAGCGACAAUCUUCUGAAUGCAAAACCGGGAGCACCAAUAGCGAGUGAAUAUCACACUUUGAACUUAAAAGACUAGGAAACAGUGAAGUCGGCUUGGUGAAAUGUGUUAAUACAGGGUGCGAUAGCGGGCUGCGUGUCAGGAAAUUUGUACACGCGUGCGUUAUCUUGUUUUAGCGUUGUAGUAUUCCGUAUGCGUCGCUUUUGAAUCGGUUUCGAGAAGUGGAAAAACUAUGUACAUGUUGAACAUGCAUACGCGGUAUAAAUUAGUGGUCAUGUCACAUCACAACAUUCAGAAGACGUGUACUGUAGUCGUAUUGAUAUUGUAAGUGCAUUGCAUGUGUUUUUUUUUUGUCAACUGUUUGCAUUAUUUGUCUACGGCUGAAAUGAAAAAAGAAACAGUCAUCUAUUCUUCUUUCGCUUCGUCAGAAGGAUAAGUAUGUUGAUUGCAUG